AUGGCGAGAUAUUCGCAUCGUGCUGUUGAAAAGAUUUUGAAAGUAUUGUUUUUCGUAACGCUACUCGAUCGCGCGAGUCUCGCCCUCGUGCCAGAUCAAUUUGCGCCAGAAUUUAAUUCUCUAACGCAAAAAUCACCGGUCGACUAUGAGGACUCAAAAAAAAUUGUAUUCGAAGUGCGGGGUAGAAAUAUUCACAGUGGCAUUAAAAUCAAAGCAACGAAAGAUAAAUCUGACAGAGAUACUGAAUGUGAGGACUUGAAGGUGCUGUAUAAUGUUAGUGAGAUACAGACUUUCGAAUUUCAAAAGGCACAGUACGAGCUGACAGUGCCAAAAAAUGUACAGGGUAAUAUUUAUCUGUGUUUGCCGCGAAAAGUUAGAGAAAACACUGGACAGGUCCCGUCUUUGUAUAAUAGCGUGUUUUAUAAGUGGUAUCAUCAAGGACCUGGUGUUUUUGUGGAUGUUACUUCCAAUAAAACAGAACUUGAUUUAUCCCUUCAAAGAAGGGCUCUCGACGAUGUCACAACUCAGGUAAAUCCUGCUUUGGCGACACCGAAGAAAAAAAUACAUAUAACCGGAAUCCGGUUGGAGAAAGCUUACAAAGAACCUGAUUACGACGCGAAUGGUGUACCUGAAGUACUCGCUUACAACGAUCACACGUUUCGGGUGUUCGGAGAAGGAUUUACCCCCUCCAUGUUGAUCACAUUCACCGCUAAGACGGGAGAUUGUUUGUUGCCCAUCAGCAAUGUUUUUCACGUCGACAACACCAGUUUUUCCGAAAACACAUUUAGAGUAAAAAUAAAUCUACCUCCUCUCUCGGCCAACGAUGAAACGUACCACAUUUGCGCCAAAGAUGGAAACGACGAACCUGGUAAUCCCAAAGUAUUCGUGCUUCAAGGUACCGACUAUUGGUAUCAAGUGAAGGCGCACGACAAACCUAUACCGCUAUGGGGUUCCAUCAUUAUCAUUUUAGCUUGUUUGACCUUUUCCGCCCUAUUUUCUGGAUUGAAUUUGGGUCUGAUGUCGUUGGAUAAGACCGAUUUGAAGAUUUUGAGUAAUAUUGGUUCGCGGGCUGAAAAGAGGUACGCACAAGCCAUCCAACCGGUCAGAAACCAUGGUAACUACUUGUUGUGUUCCAUUUUGCUUGGUAAUGUCUUCGUUAAUUCGAUUUUCACUAUUUUCUUGGACGAUCUUACAUCCGGAUUCGUAGCUGUUAUCUUUUCGACGUUGUCCAUCGUAUUGAUUGGUGAAAUUGCUCCACAGGCCGUAUGUUCCCGUCAUGGAUUAGCCAUCGGUGCCAAAACAAUAUACAUUACGAAAUUCGUGAUGUUACUUACUUUCCCGAUCGCUUUCCCGGUCUCGAAAAUUCUGGACGCCCUAUUGGGCGAGGAAAUCGGAAGCGUGUACAACAGAGAAAGAUUGAAGGAGUUGAUUAAGGUGACAACCGGCGAUAACGAGCUUGAUAAGGAUGAAGUAAACAUCAUUAGCGGAGCUCUAGAAUUGCGCAAAAAGACCGUCUCUCACGUCAUGACCCGCAUCGAAGACGUCUUCAUGUUGGACUACGAAGCCGUAUUGGACUUCGAAACCGUGUCUGAGAUCAUGAAGAGUGGAUUCUCGCGUAUUCCAGUGUAUGAUGGGAACAGACAGAACAUCGUCACCAUGUUGUACAUCAAGGAUUUGGCGUUCGUUGAUCCAGAUGAUAAUACUCCAUUAAAAACUUUGUGCCAAUUUUAUCAAAACCCUUGCAAUUUCGUUUUCGAAGAUGUCACUCUGGACGUUAUAUUCAAAAUCUUCAAAGAAGGUAACAAAGGUCACAUGGCGUUCGUGCAUAGAGUCAAUAAUGAAGGCGAAGGUGAUCCGUUUUAUGAAACCGUUGGAUUGGUUACACUGGAAGAUGUCAUCGAGGAGUUGAUUCAGGCGGAAAUCAUGGAUGAGACUGAUGUAUUCACUGACAAUCGUUCAAAGAGAAAGAGGCAUGCCGAGAGAAGACAAGACUUCACCGUAUUCGCGGAAAAACGUGGUGAACCUAGUAAGAUGAGAAUCAGUCCGCAAUUGACACUUGCGGCUUACCAGUAUCUUAGCACGAGCGUGGAACCCUUCCAUCCCAACGUAAUAUCCGAAACAAUCCUACGUCGUCUUCUCAAACAGGACAUCGCCGUGCACAUCAGGAAAAACAAAGAAUGGCGUACUGAUCCGGCUAACGUUAUUUACGAACCCGGUAAAGCAGUGGACUUUUUCGUAGUCAUUUUGGAAGGACGUGUCGAGGUAACAGUUGGAAAAGAAAACCUCAUGUUCGAAGGAGGACCAUUCACUUAUUUCGGAACGCAGGCGUUGGUGCAAACCGUUGGAAUUGAUGCUGGUCACAGCCCAAGAGAAGCAAUGUUUCCCCAUACGCAAUCACCAUCAGUGGCGCCAUCUACAAUGGGCAGCUUAGAAUCGUUGAACAUCGACUCGUUACUACGUCACACCUUUAUCCCCGAUUACAGCGUACGGGCUACCACCGAGGUAUUGUACCUCAAGAUCAAGAGAGCUCUCUACUUAGCCGCCAAGCGUGCCACUUUGAUGGAAAGAUCGAAAAAGGGAGAAAACCAGACAGAUCAACAAUUUGAUGAAGAAGUCGAUAAGUUGCUGCACUCGCUAGACGAAGACGAUGUUGUGAGCGCCGGUCGACAAACCCCUAGACGGAAAUCGUCGCGGAAAUCGCAGGAGAUCAAGCCGGAACACCUCUCGAUGCAAACCAGUCCUAAGACGCCGUAA